AUCGGACUAAAAAGUUGGAGAAGGAAAUCCCCCCUCGGGCGGGGCGGAAAAAAGGGCGAUGGAUUCGCGCCGGCCGAAGUUCCGCGGCGCGUUUUUGGGAACGGACGGGGAGAAGAACAGCUGCAGGCAGGAAAGAACAGAACACAUGGCAUCAUCUGAAACACAUUUCUAUAAAGUUAUUUCGAGACCCCCAGUCACUUUCUUUUCUUUCCCUUGCUUUCGAGUCACUCUUUUGAAGUUGUUCUUGUCUCCCAGUAUUUAUGCGACCUGGUGGAGAUUAUUUUUGUUUCUGAUUCAAAUACUCUGUUGGUCCUGUUGUCACAGUCCUUCCACAACUUCGUUGCAUUAGUUUCAAGUUACCAGAGACCCAACUGCGCUCGCUUCCUCUGCCAAUGGCACGUCAAAAACAAACAGCA